UCAUUCCGAGUGCUGAAUUUUGUUAACGCAGUUUUUCGAAAAUUACAAAAAGACACAGAUUACAGGAAGCCUCGUUCGUUCUGCCUCUUUCAAACCCGAAAUCUUGUCACUGGAUAAUUGGAUAGUGAAUUAGUACUUGCUACUCCAACUGUCUGAUUAACAAGCCCGUCUUUUCGUGCACACCGGCUCAGCAACUUUGAACGAUGGCCAAGCGAGUCGGCGUCUCGGGAAUCCUCCCCAAGCCUCGAGCAAUCCUCGAGUUCCCCGAACCAAUUCGUGGGAAAAACCACGGUUACGCAGACGAUGUUCCAAACCCGCCCGGAACAUCGCGGUUCCAGCUCGUGAAGCCGUUUCCCAACCUGCCCGAGAUCUUCACCAAGACCGUGCCCGAACCGGUGAAGAGCCAACCGGAUGGAUAUAAGGCGAUGAUGGCGGAGCUUCGACGAAAUUAUUUCCGCGAGUCGAUGGAGAAGACUUAUUCGCGACAUUUGGAUGAGAUGAGGGAAGACGAAGAGAGAGCACGGGAGCGGGCUGAGAAGGCCAUGCACGAAAGUCAGGAUCUGGCGACAAUGCAGCGGGACAAUAUCUUCACGCUGCCGACAGUUUCCGAAUACGUCAAGACGUUCCAUCCUUCUUCUCCCAAGGUUAACGAUAAAAAGGUGCGAGAGUUACUAGCAAAGGCUACCAAGUACGAGACGCUCGCCAAGCGACUAAAGGUGAAAGAGAAACACAUCCACUCUCUGUGGGAGCAGACCGAGAAGCCGCCAAUCAUGUCGGUGCAGGCAUUCACGGACGCGCUUAAUAAGGAAUUCGCCGACGAAGCCGAUAUUGCGGAUAAGGACUACAACGGGCGAACUAUUGAUCAUGUGGCUCUGAAGGCUCUGAAAGAGAAACACGAAAAGUAAGGUUGCGCGCGUACUGCCAGCGGCGAGGAGCGUGGGGUGGUGUUACAUGCUUAAUUGAUCGGGUGGAUAUUAUCCGAAUGGCAUGCUGAAAAGUGUA